AUGAUACCAGCAACAUUAAACACUUAUCUUACCACACGCGCGUAGAAGCCAUUCAACCUUCUUGUGCAAUCCGACUCACCUGCCUCCGAGAACACACGCAGCGUCUACCCUCGCACGGCCAGGGGCAUUCCUUUCCAAGCCCAGCGGACGGAAACUGAGCCUGUAGUAGACGAGCAGCAACCAUAUCUACGCGGUUAUCGGUCAGCAAUUAUACUUUCGUCCCGAGCCGCGCCCCAGCGGACUCUCGGCGCUCUCUUUGUGGCCCCACAGCCUUAGGCUCACCUAAGCUUCAACCAUGGGAUGCGGUGCCAGCGUGCCUCAGAAUGGUGGAGGAGCUCCCGUUACGCGGGUUAUGCCCGCGCCAGCACAACCAGUGUCUGAGGCGCAAUCGGCAAUCAGCUUCCAACCAUCGCGCAGCAACCGCAGCAGCCUUGAAAAGAUCAAUUCGCUCACGGAUAGGGCAUCGCCUGAGCAGGUGCUGCAGAACCUGCUGGACGGCAACAUGCGCUUCCUGGAUGGCGCCGUCGCGCAUCCCCACCAGGACUUCAGCCGCGUGCAGGCCAUUAAGGCCAAGCAAAAGCCCCUCGCGGCCAUCCUGGGCUGCGCCGACUCUCGCGUGCCUGCGGAAAUUGUGUUCGACCAAGGCUUUGGCGACGUGUUCGUGUGCCGUGUCGCCGGCAACAUUGCUACGCCAGAGGAGAUCGCCAGUCUGGAGUAUGCCGUGCUUGACCUCGGAGUUAAGGUGGUGAUGGUCCUCGGACACACACGCUGCGGAGCCGUGAAGGCUGCACUUUCAGGCAAGGCGUUCCCCGGCUUCAUCGACACGCUGGUGGACCACCUGGACGUCGCCAUCAGCCGCGUCAACAGCAUGAGCGCCAAGGCGCACCAGGCCAUCAAGGACGGCGACGUGGACAUGCUGGACCGCGUGGUGAAGGAGAACGUCAAGUACCAGGUGCAGCGGUGCCAGCGCUCCGUCAUCAUCCAGGAGGGGUUGCAGAAGGGGAACCUGCUGCUGGCGGGCGCCGUGUACGACCUGGACACGGGCAAGGUGCACGUCAGCGUCACCAAGGGCGGCAGCAGCGCCGAGUAGCAGUAAGCAGGGUUGCAGGCAAGGGCUGGGAGACAUGCGGUGGCGAGGAAACUGGGAUGCAGGCCGUCCACGGUUUGAUAAAUUAUUGUUUUUUGCAUGGUUGUGACAUUAGCGAAACACAUCAUCCUCUCUGACAUUGUGCGCUGGCUGAGAGGGUGGCGGAAAGAGUACUAACACGAGGUCCGCUCGUGAUUCUGGAAAUGCUGAAGCGUUGCAAGCUCGGAGGCCCACAGCUACAAGGAACGGAUGCAUCAAGCUCGGCCGGCCCGUGUAGCCCCGCGCAUUUAGGGACUUCAUGGCGCAAGGUGUCAGGGCAGCAGCUGCCGUGUCCGUUUGUCCAGACGUGCGGGUGGCGAUGGGUCACAGCGGCAGUAAUGUCGUGCCGUGUGGUUUGGCGUGCCGGUGUUAUAUUCGUGAUCUGCCCGUGUAUCGUAUGUAGCGCUGGCUUGCAGUGCAACUGGCGCGCUGCGUCCUGCUGGGCAACGAGUAGGGCUGCGCGCGGCAGGUUUUUGUCCCUGAGCAGGGUGAAUGGAAACUCAACUCCUUCAUAAUAGGCUCGAAAUUCAAUAAUUGACUGAGCAGCGGUCCGGCAACCGAUGCAAAGAUGGGCGCUUGUUGCGAGCGCCUGUCGCCGGAUUGUCGGGCAGUUGCGUGUUUCCAUGGAUGCCCCUGUUUUAUGCGGUUGCGGUCUGCCGGUUGAGCCGUGGACUAGCCCGCAAUAUGCAGGCCUGGCAUUGUGAACGGGGGUGUCUGUGUAGCCGCACACGCGUGUGCACGCUUUACUUGAGAUUCACGAAGGUAGCUGGUCUACCUGCAACAGUACUGCGGACGAUUACGAGGAGGCCUGCAAGUGUGCACUAGCACUUGCAGCGCAGGCUGGCAGGAUUCGUAGCCCUUGCUGGGGCAUGAUGUUGUUUGUUUUUACUGUCAUGAAGCAGCACCGCAAGAGCUGCAUUUGGUCCCUAAGGCAGCCACCUCCUUGUUACUGUCAUGGGUUUUGGUGUUGUGUGGAGGUCCUUUCUCUCAUUGCGGCGGUCGGCGACACGACGUACGGCCCGUGACUGUGCGAUGGCCAAGGGCGAGCAUGCAGACUUGAGGGGUCUCCUGAGCGCUUGACAAUCCGAGGGAUGUAUCUGCGAGGGCGAAGAAUUCUGAUCGUGUCAGACGAAGACGUUUGCAGCAUUGGCGAGCUGGAUGGCUGCGGUGUAGCGUGCACAGUGCUGCCCAAGAGGUGUUGGUGUAUGUUUCGGUCGGGCAAGCUUGGGACACCAUAACGGUUCAAUAAAGCGACUUCCCCUGCAUAAGGGGCACGUUGCCACAACUACUGGUCGCAGACAAUGACUGUAAUCUGUACCGCAG